CCCUCACGCACCCAAUCCUCCCCCCAAAAAAAAAGUUUAACAAAGAAAAAAAAAAGACCCCAUCAAUAACCGGACCUCCCCUAACUUUUCCGAUCUGAUCGCCACCGAGUCACCACUACCAAAUAAUGGAAGGAGUCGGAGCGCGGCUCGGGCGAUCCUCAACUCGGUACGGACCAGCAACCGUAUUCACAGGCCCAGUUAGAAAAUGGAAAAAGAAGUGGAUCCACGUCACCCCUCCAAACGCUGUCGUUUCAUCAACAAAUAAUAACAACAAUAAUAAUCAACAAACUGUUGGAAUUAAUAAUUCAUCAAAUGGAAAUAAUAACAAUAAUAAUAAUAAUGAAAACGGAUCUCAUAUUUUGUUAUAUAAAUGGGCUCCUAUUAGUCAAAGUCAAACUCAAAGUCAAAGUGGCAACGGUCAUGAUGUCAAGGAUGAUGACGCCAGCGAUGGAGAACACGUUGUUGAGCCGCCUCGUCGUAAGAUUAAGUAUAUUCCGAUAGCCUUACUCGAAGAACAAAAGAAAGAGUCAUCUGAGGAGGAGCAUAUUGAUGAUUCCAUUGAGACUGACCUGGACUCGAAGGUUGAUCAUGAGAACGGAAAACCAGACAUGAAUGAUGUGCCAAUGGAAGAAAACCAGGUUUCUGAAGAGACAAAUGUAGGAAGGCAAGAUCUUAAUGAAAGCACAUUGGAUUUAAAUGCUCGUGAUGGAGAUGAAGAUACAGAAGAAACGAAAGAUGAAGCACAAUAAGUUGUGUUUUCAAUAUUGCAUUUUUUAGUUGGUAGAAAUAUGAAGGAUGGAAAAAUGAUCACAUAGAGGUGGGGGGUUGGGGUCUGGAAAUGACUUUUGAUUAAGCACAGAUUGGCAUACUGAAAAACCUUGACUGAAUUGAAUUGUUUCUGAACCAAAACAAAGAUUCGGGAUUAUGGUUUCAAUUUGUACGGAUGAUGCAUAUUUAAGGUAUACAUUUGACAUUUGAGGUUUAA